AUGCUAAAUCGAUCGCGAACGUACCUUUCUGUUGCUUGUUGUGGAUUAAUUACAGUUGCAUGUAUCCUGGCUUUGAACAGCACUGUGCUUUCGCCGUCUCUUCUUACGAACAGGCCGACUCCGACACAUAAACAGCUAUACGAUGUGAUCUCACCGUCAACUUACAGAUACAUUCUAAACCAGCCAGAACUCUGUGAGAGGAAAAUCCCUCCUUUCCUGAUUCUUAUGAUCCCAGUGACUCUCGAAGACACCGAGGCGAGGACUGCUAUAAGAAGGACAUGGGGUCAAGAGAACUUGAUUCCACAUGUGAAUAUUUUGCGAUUAUUUGUUAUUGGUCAGCCCACACAAAGCAACCCAGCGCUUCAGGAACAUCUUGAGAGAGAGAGCAAGGAAUAUGGGGACAUCAUUCAAAUGGAUUUUGUCGACACCUAUCAAAAUCUCACAAUCAAGACAAUGAUGAUCAUGCACUGGAUAGCCACUUACUGCCAGUGUGCCUGGUACGCCAUGAAGAUUGAUGCAGAUAUUUUUCUCAACGUGCCUUACCUUGUGGACUACCUACAUGCUCAGGGUAAGUCCUCAAGGCAAGACUACAUCACAGGAUCAGUCAUCAAAAAUGGUCAUCCUCACAGGAACAGCCUCAACAAGUGGUAUCUCUCAGAGGAUCUUUACCCAGACACCUUAUAUCCCCCAUACUUGUCUGGAGCUGCAUAUGUCUUUUCUUCUGACUUGGCCAGAAAAAUAUCAUUGGCCUCUAGGUUUGUGCGGCCAAUUCCACUUGAAGAUGUCUAUGUGGGGUUGUGCCUGCACUUCCUAGGUGUAAGUCCAGUUUACUCAUCAAGAUUUUUGGGACUCGUGAAUCGUUUUGAGAUCCGUAAACUUAGGUAUGAAAGGUGCAGUUUUGCCAAACGCAUUAUAGUGAAUGGUUUUAAACCACAUGACCUUCUUUACAUUUGGCAUGACUUUCAGAACUCUCAUUUUACAUGUUAG